ACAACUUCCCUGACUUGAGAAGAUGGAAAGGGAGGAGAUAAAUUUGCCUACAGGAAUACCAAUGAGAUUAAAUUUGAAGGAGAUUGCGUCUCUGAUUGACACUGGCGCAUGUGCACACGAAAUUAGGCAAAUUGUGCGAGCCGUGAGGCUUAUUAUGGCGAUCCGGCGGAAACUGAAGGCCCCCAUUCUCUCUGCUUUCCUCAAUUUCGCUCUUCCUCCGGGAUCUGAGGCGCAUAGUAGGCUGUCUUCUUAUCUUCCAAAGUGUAGAGUUGUCACAGUUGUUAGGAUGCGUGUUCAUCAAUUUGGAAACUUGUGUGGAUUGCAUUCUCAAACAUUGCAUUGCUCAACGUUGGUGAUAGAAGAUGAGCAUGAUAUGGAAGUUGAUACUGCUACCUCUUCACUUCAAGCUUCUGCAAAACAUCCAUCGCCGGAGCUGGAAAUCUAUUGCUACUUGCUUGUCUUGAUAUUUCUGAUUGAUCAAAAGAAGUACGAUGAGGCAAAAGCUUUCUCCUCUGCAAGCAUUGCUCGGCUGAAGAACGUGAAUAGGAGGACUGUUGAUGUUCUAGCUGCCAGGCUUUACUUCUACUACUCUCUCAGCUAUGAACUUACUACCGCUGAUCUUGCUGAAGUUAGAGGUAACCUUCUUGCCCUGCACCGAAUUGCAACAUUGCGUCAUGAUGAGUUGGGACAGGAAACACUUCUCAACCUGCUGCUUCGCAAUUACCAUCAUUACAAUUUGUAUGAUCAGGAGGAGAAACUGAGGUCAAAGGCACCAAGAUUCGAAGAACACUCAAACCUGCAGGCAACUCUCUGUGAAAUCCCAGAGAGGACCAUUUUUACGCAGAAAGGAAUGGAAAAGGCUUUGAGGCCAUGCUUUGAGCUUACAAAUGCUGUUCACAUUGGAGAUUUGGAGCUUUUUAGAUCUGUUGCUGAGAAAUUCUCGAGUGCAUUCAGUUCAGUUCGGACUCAUAACUUGAUUGUUAGGCUGUGGCAUAAUGUCAUAAGGAAUGGACUGCGAAACAUAAGUAUCUCAUACUCUCGUAUCUCCCUUCCUGAUGUUGCCAAGAAGCCAAGGUUGUACUCCGCUAACCCUGUUGCUGAUGCGGAGGGUAUAAUAGCCAAGGCAAUCAGAGAUGGAGCAAUUGAUGCAAUAUUGGAUCAUGCAAAUGGAUGGAUGCUGUCAAAGGAGACGGGUGACAUUUACUUUACAAAUGAGCCUCAAAUUGCAUUCAACACAAGAAUUGCUUUCUGUCUGAAAUGCAUAAUGAGGCAGUACGCGCACUGUGAUUUCCUCCAAACUCUCAAAAGGACAAAGAAAGUGCUGAGAAAAGGAAGGAGGGACAACAAGAAGAUGCAGAGGAGGAUGACGGUGAGUUCUGAUUGAAUCACUUUCAAAAGGCAUAGCUUAGACCUGCAUAAUGCCUUCAUCAAGAUGUGCAUUUCUCUUUCCUUGAAAUUCUGGGCAAAAAUGUUAUAAUUUUGAACUUGGCUUGUUAUAGAUAUUUAUGUUGUUUUUAAUUCAACUUGGUAGUACCUUAUUGGUUCCAAAAUUUUAUUUGUAUUGUUCAUUUCUUCACCCAUUGAACAGCCGUUUGAGUGCUAUCUCAUCCUGGUGAGAAACUCAUCUUUAGCAUUUUUUUACCAAAAUUUUCCCUUUCCUAAUUUUUAUUUUAUUAGUAUUCAACAAUGAAUAUACACCUUAAUUAAAACCAUUACUUGCUUUUUACCUUUGAGUUUUUAUUUUUAUCUGAAUAAAAUUAGGAGAUUUCU